CACAGAUUCCACAUGAUAAUAUUGUGAGUGGAUAUGGACAAAGCGAAGACUAUCUUUAUAUAUUAUGCUGUUCUUUUCGCAAUUAAAUUCACUUCCGGUGAAAACCCGUGUCUGUCCAAGACGACACAGUGCCUCUGUUCUAACGACAGGGUGGACUGUAGUAACGGAAAUAUAACCGCCAUUCCGUCAAAGUUCCCCUCGGGAACCAAGCAAAUAUAUCUCUAUGGCAAUCAUAUCACCACCCUACGUCGGAAUUCCUUAAAAGGACUCAAAGAACUAGUUACUCUGAACCUGUUUGAGAACAACAUUUCGUAUAUUGAAUCUGAAACUUUUUCCUUUAUGCCAGCGCUAGAGGAUAUAAUUUUAAACAAUAACAGAAUCAGAGAGUUGCUGUCGCUGACUUUUCUAGAGCUUGAAUCAUUAUACGACAUAUAUUUAGAAAACAACCAACUCUCAGUGAUUCAUCCACGAGCAUUUGAAAAACUUCCGAAGCUUGGAAGAAUAUACCUUGCCGGAAACAGAUUACACUGUACAUGCGCUAUAAAGUGGUUUGUUGCGUACCUGAAUGGGAAUCCUAAUCUAUUUAACAGGACAUCUGCAUCGUGUUCUUCACCGACAACUCUUGUACAAAAGAAAGUUGCACUUCUGAAUACCAGCAAUCUUCAAUGUGAGCAACAAUCCAAUAAUAUAUUAGAAGGAAGAACUAGCCAUCAAAUGAGCUUGAUUCAAUACGUGCUUGUGGGAUCACUUCUGGCGCUGUUUUUUCUAUUGUUUACCUAUGCCGUGCUAAAGGGAAGAAAAUGUACGAGGGCAAUCAAUGUUUGCUCAACCUGUAACCGCAACCGAGACGAGUUGUCUCCCGUUGUUUACACUGUUGAAAAUCAAAUGGAGCCGUCGACCUCAGAUACAUUUGCAGACAAUAUCACUUACUUCAGUCACAACAGCGGUUCUUUUUCAUAUGAUAAUUUCGGAAUAAAUGGGGGAUACGAACCAUAUGGAACAGAUUCAAUAUGUAACAGACACAGCAAGCAUGAUUACGAAAUUCCAGAGCAAGUUUGUCAAGCUAAGAUGUUUUUCUUCACAUUGAUGUUGAUCGUGAUCAAUGCUCGGUUUGAAAUCGCCUAUACAAAGAUGUACGAAGAACCUCUUCCACAGGAGUUCAAGGACUGCCUCAACAUGAUACUACCCAACAGCGACCUCAAGCGGGACCCGGCCUAUAUCAUUGACUACGCAUGCGCCAACAAAUUUCUCACAUCCACUCCAAAUAAAAGAUGGGCUCCAGAGAAAGACGAGGAGGAAUUUACUCUCAUUACAAAUAAAAUCAAUAAAUUAGACAUCCAUACAAGCUCUGAAAACGUCAGAUAUGAAAAGAGAAGCAUUCAAAACCAUUUAGAUAAUAGACAUAAGAAGAGGUCCGCAGUGAAUCCGACUAUUCGCCGGAAGGAGUAUAGAAGGAUGAGUCCCGCAGAAAGGACGGACUUUCACCGGGCACUACAGCUUUUAAAGGAUGAUGCAGAGAGGACUAAGUUUAACCUGUACGAUAUCCUAUGUAACUUCCAUCAUGCGUCCCGAGCCCCCCACGCCCAUUUUGGACCAGCUUUCCUGUCUUGGCAUCGGGUCUCCCUGUACAUAUUUGAGCAGGCUCUUCGUUCCAAGGUUCCCGGUGUUUCCCUUCCGUUCUGGGAUUCAAGGUUAGAGGCUGCGUUAGAGAAUCCCAGCGAUACUUCACUCUUUACAGAUGAACUAAUGGGGCCCGGGAACGGAGUCGUUAAAACUGGACAUUUUGCGAACUGGAGUCAUCCAUUUGCUGGAGAUCUAGUCAGAAAUGUUGGAAACCUUGGGGAACCUAUUCAAAAAAGGGAUAUCGAAAGACUUCUCAAAGCAAGAUAUACGAAGGAGUUCAUGUUUCCAUCAGCAUAUCCUCAUAUGAAUCUAGAACUUAUUCAUGGAAAAGUCCACAUGUGGGUAAGCGGGACGAUGAAUAAUCUCAACUACUCUCCUGCGGAUCCAAUAUUCUGGAUGCACCAUUGCUUCAUUGAUUACGUCUGGGAGAAAAUUCGACAAAGACAGAAAGAGAGGGGUGUGGACCCAUCAUAUGACUACCCCAUGAAUGGCGGGAUUGGUCACCGACCAUAUGAUAAGAUGAAACCGUUUGACUUGAAGAACAGAGACGGGUAUCUAAUAGAUUGGUCCAAGGUAUAUCAGUACGAGACCUCGCCUGUGGAUAGUAAAUGUAGAUCUGAUUCAGAUUGCGGACCUGAGUACUAUGUCUGUGAAAAUGGCACCUGUAGAGCUAAAACAGCUGAAGAGGUGUUGUUUGAUCGUAGAUCGAGAAGACGCCGUUCUAUAACGGACAUGGGAACUUCAGAUUUAUUGUCAAAGGACCACUACAACGAUCUUCAAACUUCUACUGAUGCACAAACAACGCCAGUGUUUCACUCCAUGCAGAACACAUUCAUGAUUGAUGGACGAGAGGAUUCCAAAUCUUGGGUAGAUCUCCCACUGAUUGUUUACUCAAAGAGACCCGAUCACCUAGUGUUCAGUGCCCAUCCGUAUCGGAGGGGGGAGGCCAAUUUCACGGCAGACAUUUUCCAGCCCACUAUAAAAGACGAAAAUGUUUUACCUCUAUCCGGAAAUCCUGCAACUAAACAAAAAUGUAAACAUAUGGGGUCUGGCGUGUCAAAAGUGUAUAUUCGAUCAAUCGGAGUUAAUUAUGAAGGCGAUUAUACAUCGGAAGCCAUUAUUGACGAAAGGCAAGCUUUGACUAUAACCCUCAUUCAGAUUGCUGUACAAAACCCGUACAAAAAAUACACAAAAUCUUACAUAUCCGCUUACGAUCAAUGUGGCCGGAUGUGCUCGCCAUAUUGUUUGACCGGAAGAGAUGGCACCUACAAAAAGUGCUCUGGUAAUAUAGGGGUCGAUUCCCGGAUACCCAGAAUGUACAACACGGAUGCGGCUGGUACCAUUCUGCAGAUGUUUGAUUUUAAAUCUUUCCCGCCUAAAUUGGACCAAAGUAACAUAUUUCUGAUAUUCUAUUGUGGACAAGAGGAAAAAUGGCCAUGGGAAAUCAACAAAGAAGAAAAGUAACAUUCUCUAAUGGAUUAAAAAUCACUUUGAAAUACUGGUAGUUAUUUUUCACGUCUUGAUCAAUGUAAACGUUUUAUAAUGGCACGCAUAUCUGUACGUUUUAUCAGAUAAAUUGAAAACAAUGUCGAACAAUAAGUGCAAAGAUAGGUUUAAACAAUCAGAAUACUAGUAAAACAGUUGUAAGUUGGAAAUUUUGCAUGUAAAUCUGUAUGUCGUGUUGUGAAAUUUGAAAUAUUUUUUUGGUAUAUUGAUAAAAUAUUUCAUAUCUUUAAGUUAAUUACAUCCAAGUAAAAUUUUUUUAAUAAUACAGAUAUCUAACACUCGCAGUUAACAUUUUGCACAGUAUUCACAAGUGAUAUCGAUAAACAUUUAAGAAAAUGCAUUAAAAUAAUUGCAGGAUAUAUUAGAUAUGGCAAAUGAUGAAGACAAAGCACCAAAUUUUAUCAAAUCACAUAUAGAAGAGGGCGUUUGCUUCAUAUUACAAUCAUAAAAGUAGUGUUUUAACAAUAAAAGAGCGUAAAUUGCAU